GGACGCGUGCCUCUAGUGGCACCGUGGAAGGAGGGUCCUCAGACGCACAUUUGCUCGCAUUACAUGCCUAACCAGCACAUAGUGAAACGUUGGUAAAAUUAAAACGAUGUAACAGCAAUGUCUUCGCCUAGAUGGACCUUCCUCUGUAACCUCUCCAGCAAAUAACGGUGCGCAACCGGAGCGGACGUCCUUUCACUGGCGAUCAGGACCGAAGUGCCUAAACUAGGAGAGGCAUUCCUGAAUCACCGAAGUAUGUUUACAUUUCUAAACAAUCUCUGUGCGAGCUGAUGAGGACAAAAUCAUUCUAAGACAGACAAACUUCCGCAGAUCUUCGUCCACAGUGGCGCAGCGAAGCGCAGGAGUUCGGCUCAGCUUUUUCUUUUUUUGCCUGUAGACAAGACGGCACUGAGUGCUGGAGGGUAUACAGAGAGACUCCUGCGGGGUGAUUGUUUGCAGCCUGCUGUAGCAGGUGUUUUCACUGAUCCGCCAGCGAAGGACGGAGGGGGCUUUAUCCUCAUCUUUCGUUGUAAGGCUGACAAAAGGCAGAAAAAAAAAGAAAGCCCGAUGAGAAUGUUGCACCAAGAACAAUGCGCGUAGAGUUGUCGCAUUUUACCCAAAUCCACACAUGCUCCGUAGAUUUCAGUUUUCAUGAGCAGUUCUGACUCGUCUUUGGAAUUUUUUGAGAGAGAAAAAAAGUGGAUCUAACGACUUUGCAACCAUGCGAAAUACUUGGUUAUCUCCCCGGAGUGUGAUUUGGGAAUAUUGGACUUCGCUGAUUGCAUGCCUCUUUUGGAUUCAGUACACUUGGGGGAUGCCUCACGUUAUACGAAUAGGUGGGAUUUUCGAACAAACAGACGGACCUGUUUCACUUGUUAGCGCAGAAGAACUUGCCUUUAAAUUUGCUGUGAAUAAUAUAAACAGAAACAGGACUUUGUUGCCAAACACAACAUUAACAUACGACAUACAGAGGAUAAAUAUCUAUGACAGCUUUGAGGCAUCAAGAAAAGCCUGUGACCAGCUGUCUUUAGGUGUGGUCGCAAUAUUUGGACCAUCACAUAGCUCAUCUUCAAAUGCUGUGCAGUCUAUCUGCAAUGCGCUGGAAGUGCCACACAUUCAGGUGCGGUGGAAACAUCACCCUAUGGACAACAGGGACUCAUUUUAUGCCAAUCUAUACCCAGAUUACUCAUCAUUAAGCUAUGCCAUUCUAGACCUGGUACAGUAUCUCAAAUGGAAAACAGCCACUGUUGUAUAUGACGAUAGCACAGGUCUAAUAAGGUUGCAGGAGCUGAUAAUGGCCCCAUCAAGAUACAACAUCAGAUUAAAGAUCCGCCAGCUUCCGCUUGAUACAGAGGAUACAAGGCCUCUUCUAAAGGAGAUGAAGAGAAGUCGCGAGUUCCGAAUCAUCUUUGACUGCAGUCACCACAUGGCUGCACAAAUUCUCAAACAGGCCCAGACCAUGGGGAUGAUGACAGAGUAUUACCACUAUAUCUUCACCACUCUGGACCUGAUGGCCAUUGACCUUGAGCCAUAUCGCUUCUGUGGUGUCAACAUGACUGGCUUUCGCAUCCUCAAUGUGGAUAAUCCCCAGGUUGCGUCGAUUGUGGAGAAAUGGUCAAUGGAAAGGCAGAUCCCACCUAAACCGGAUUCAGGCCUCCUGGAGGGCAUCAUGACGACAGAUGCAGCUCUGACCUAUGAUGCAGUUCACAUUGUAUCCGUCUCAUACCAGCACGCUCCACAGAUGACUGUGAACUCACUGCAGUGCCACCGACACAAGCCCUGGAGAUUCGGAGGACGCUUCAUGAGUUUCAUUAAAGAGUCUCACUGGGAUGGUUUGACUGGAAGAUUGUCCUUCAACAAAACAACUGGCCUUCGCACAGAUUUUGACCUGGACAUCAUCAGUCUGAAGGAGGAUGGACUUGAAAAGGUGGGGAAGUGGAGUGCAUCAGGAGGUCUUAACAUCACAGAAGUGCCAAAGCGAAAAGGGAUGAACAUCACUGAUUCCCUUGCUAACCGUUCCCUUGUCAUCACCACUAUUCUGGAGGAGCCAUAUGUCAUGCUUAAGAAGUCUGACAAGGCACUGGUUGGGAACGACCGUUUUGAAGGAUUCUGCAUCGACUUGCUGAAAGAGCUGGCCAAAAUCCUGGGAUUUACGUAUGAGAUUCGCCUGGUGCCAGAUGGGAAAUAUGGCUUUCAGGAUGACAAGGGCCAGUGGAAUGGCAUGGUUAGAGAACUUAUAGAACAUAGAGCAGACUUGGCAGUGGCCCCUCUCACCAUUACCUACAUGCGUGAGAAAGUCGUUGACUUCUCAAAGCCCUUCAUGAGUACAGGCAUCAGCAUCCUUUAUCGAAGGCCCAAUGCCACAAACAGCGGCUUCUUUUCCUUCCUGAACCCCAUGACUCCAGACAUCUGGGUGUAUAUUCUUCUGGCAUACCUAGGUGUUAGCUGCGUUCUUUUUGUCAUUGCAAGGUUUAGCCCAUACGAAUGGUAUGACGCUCACCCCUGUAAUCCUGGCUCAGAUGUGGUGGAGAACAACUUCACUCUCUUUAACAGCUUCUGGUUUGGAGUUGGUUCCUUAAUGCAACAAGGAUCGGAACUGAUGCCCAAAGCUCUGUCAACCAGAAUAAUAGGUGGAAUCUGGUGGUUCUUUACACUCAUUAUUAUAUCUUCCUAUACUGCUAAUUUAGCAGCUUUUUUAACUGUGGAGAGGAUGGACUCGUCAGUGGAUUCAGCAGACGACAUGGCCAAGCAGACCAAGAUUGAGUAUGGUGUCGUCAAAGAUGGAGCAACAAUGGCUUUCUUUAAGAAAUCAAAGGUUUCGACUUUUGAGAAGAUGUGGGCCUUCAUGAGCAGCAGGCCAAGAACAUCCCUGGUGAAAUCUGUUGAAGAUGGAGUUCAGAGGGUGCUGAAGUCUGACUAUGCGCUCAUUACAGAGUCCACCACCAUUGAUUAUAUCACUAGGAGAAACUGUAACCUGACACAAGUGGGAGGGAUUAUUGACAGCAAAGGCUAUGGCAUUGGCACUCCCAUCGGCUCUCCAUACAGGGACAAAAUCAGCAUAGCAAUCCUCAGCAUCCAGGAGGAUGGUCUUCUCCACAUUCUGAAGGAGAAGUGGUGGAGUGGAAACAGCUGCUUGGAUGAGGAGCGUCGUAAGACAGGCCCCAUGGGGAUCCAGAACCUGGGUGGUAUAUUCAUUGUAUUGGCAUGUGGCCUGGUGCUAUCUGUCUUUGUGGCGAUUGCUGAAUUUAUCUACAAGCUGAGGAAGACUGCUGAACGCGAACAGGUCUUUGUGCAGCGCCAUGGUGGACGAGAUCAGACUGUCGUUCACCUGCGAGAGACGAGUGAAACAAAAGCACCAGCCCCCAGUCAUGGUGAAGACGGAUGCAGUGAUCAACAUGCACACCUACAACGACCGGCGACUCCCAGGAAAGGACAACAUGAGCUGCAGCACUGGGAUGACUCCUGUAUUCCCAUGACAAUGUGUUCCCCGCAGGGCAAGAACCUCGUUAGCAACAUUUCAGGGGCAGUGUCGGAGCCCAGAGACAAUGGCAUAGAUGGGAUCAACAGAUAUAUCAUAAACCACAGUGACAUGGGAACACUAACAAAACAUGGACAACUCAAAUUGGCAGCAUCAGCCACACAGGUAUGACAGAAACCACUGUAAUCAAGAUAAAAAAAAAUACUUUGAAAAUUUGUGAAAGGAGGAAAAAACAACUUGUUAAAAGAAACGGUGCACCCAAAAAUCGAUCAGCUCAAGUCUGAUGUUUACAUAUGUACCACAAGAAAAACACAAUAUCUAGUGGACCAUGAGUCACUUAAAAGAUUAAAAUAUAAUGUGAAAACAUGACAUGAUAUAUAAAGGAUUUUCUGAUUAUGGCAAUAAAUGACUUUGAUACAGUUCUAGAAAGACAAGGGAGUUUUGUUAUAAAUUAUGGUUUCAUGUAAAAUUCUUAAACUGAUCCUUUUGUUUCCACAAACCUGACUUACCUUUGCAGCAGAAGGUUUUACCUCAAAUAUGUACAGGUUCAGCUUGGUGUCUGUGUCAUUUCAUGUUGGCACCCCUGUGACUGGUAAAGCCUACAGCAGGAUGUGAAGUAGUAUAUUUACAUCGGAUGUAGCUGUGAUGUGUACCUAACGAUAUCAACAAAAGCAACCAGAAUCACAAAGUGGAUUGUGGACACAUCAAUUGUAUAGUAAAAACAAGACUCUUACAUGGACUGUGUUACAGAAUUUUCAAAAUGUUUUGUUUUUUAUUUUCACAAAAGGUUAAUUUUAUUUAAAAUUACUUUGUACAUAUAUGUUUGUUAUCAGACAACAUGUUGAUUGCCUAAGGUCUGGUCAUUCAACAAAAUUAUAUUGAGAACAGUCAGAGCCAGAGCUAACAAGUAAACAAGUGUUCAAUAAAUGGUGAAUUUGAGGGGCUAAAAUGGGACUUUAAAGCAUCCAUUCAUGAGUUAAUUUCCAGUAAUGGACAUAUAAAUCUAACUAUAUCUGCAUCUGUUAUGACCACAGUAGACAUGUUGUACCAAUGAUAUGAUAAAAUGAUCAUGGAUAAAACAUACUGCAGAAUCAUGCUAUUUAAACAAAAAUAUGAAAUUAAAUCGGAUAGCAUCAUCCAACUGAUUAGAUUAAUAAAAUAAUAACAAAUCAUUAAUAAUACAUUUUAUUGAUCAUAAAAAUAUAAAAUGAUCUACAAUAUAUAUUUACUGUUACCUUGAUUUUGGUGUGUAGACUAAGGCAAAGCUGGUAUGAUCACCUUUAAAAUCGAGAGUAAUUUUUUAAUGAACUCUUAUAUACACUAGUAAUGCAUAGCAUUGUGGCCAUUGACAGAUGAAGGGGAAAAAAAUAAAAAAACAGAUUAAACCACUUUAAGAUGAUGGGUUAUAGUUGAGGGAACUGAAUAUUACAUUGUUAGAGUCGUUGCUGUACAAGCAGUAGAAUGGGGAAGACAACUUAAAAAAACCAGUUUGCAUAAUAAGAGACAGAUUUUGUGGACUAUACCUCUAGACUAGAAUAUUCACAAAACUGGAGCUUUUGGUCCUGGUCUGUUGAAGUCUAUACACAUUGUUUAAAGAAGUAGAAGUUAUAAGCUAAGACCACUAUUGGUUAAAGAGGUUAAUGCUUGAACUGAAUGAAAGGUUUCAGACUACAGAAUGCAUAAGAUAGGAUUGAGUUAGUAGCUGCGCAGCUACUGUUGGGUUGGAGUUUGAAUGCUUACUUUUGUCCCGUUCCUCAUAUUUGGAUCACAGAACAGUGAGGGAAGGCCUGAUAAUUCAUUUUGUUUUUUACAUCAUUUAGAUGGCACUUUGCUUGUACCUCUCCUUACUCUGAAAGACUCGGCACUAGUAAGUGUGUGGAUGUGUGACAGAAGUAAGGUAAGCCAACAGAGGCCAUGUUUUGCCUUAGGCAAUGUCCUGGGAGGAAAUAUUUUGUUAUAUUAUAUUUUGAAAUAUUAUAUUUUGACAUCUAUGUGGUUGAUGCUUUGGCAAAAUGUAUACAUUUAAGGUCCAAUAUCAUUUUUUUUAAGCCAUUAAAAGUCACAUCUAGCUAAAUAUAAAUUAAAAUCCUUAGAUUGUAUCCUUCUAACAACAUAAGGUGAAGCCACAGGGUUUGUUGAUAGAAAUAUGUUAUGAAAUAAAGUUUUUUUUCCAACCCCAAAGAGUAACACUUGCCUUUAAAGCAACGGCGUCUGUGACUUCUCACUGCGAAAAAGAACUGAUUUUCCAUGACUCAGACAUUAGCUAAAAAAAUAGAUGUUGCUGCCCUGUAAAUGUUCAGACAAGUCGCCGGUAGAGCAACUUGUCCGAACUUUUAGCCAGAAUCAUCGCACUAUGCCUCACAUCAUCCCCUUUCUGAUUGGAGAAAGCUGUUUAGGGAGCCAACUCAGUGCGGUUAAGACAUUUGCUUCCUGGAGGGAGCCUUCAUUCGUAGAUAUUUUCCAGCUGCUUGUUUUCACAUGUAGGGGAGGGGCUGCUGCUCAGGUAGCAGAACUAACAGGUGUAUUUUUUUCAACUUUCUUUAACACCUUUAUCCUGAAAAAUCUGGGCAAAAACUGAAAUAAAUGAAGCAAUAUCUGUGAAAUUUCGGUCUGUUCUUGAACAGCAUUUUCUUCUUGAAAAAAAAGGGUUUGGAGCA